GUGAGAGAUAUUGGGAUAUAAAAAAUCUCUCAUCUUUCUGUCUGUCGAAAGCCUUGAAGGUCUGUUCUCCUCUCAAAGUUGCGCAAGCGCCAAGUCAUCGUCAUAUCAAAGACACAAGAUUUGGUUUUUAACAUAAUGGUUGGGCGGGAAGGGUUGGGGAGUGAAGACUUGGACUCGUGCUUUGAGAAGCUCUUGUUGGGAGGUGGUGGAAUUGGAGGAGUCAAGAUGAGAGGUGGUGGUGGUGGUGUGAUCACAGAGUGGAAGGACAUUCCCAUGGAGCUCUUGUUGAGGAUUGUAGAUGAUCGUACGGUCAUCGUUGCUUCUGGAGUCUGUACUGGAUGGAGAGAUGCUAUUUGCUUGGGCCUUACCCACCUCUCCCUCUCAUGGUGCAAGAAUGACAUGAACAACUUGGUUUUAUCUCUUGCUCCUAAAUUCACAAAACUGCAGACCCUGAUUCUGCGUCAGGACAAACCAAAGCUUCAAGAUAAUGCUGUUGAGACUAUUGCAAAUUGCUGCCACGGCCUUCAGGAUUUGGACCUUAGCAAGAGCUUCAAGCUUACCGAUCGCUCUCUCUAUGCCUUGGCUCAUGGUUGUCCAAAUCUUUCAAAACUCAACAUCAGUGGGUGUUCUGCCUUCAGUGAUACCACUCUUGCGUAUUUGGCUGGUUUUUGUAGAAAAUUAAAAUAUUUAAAUCUUUGUGGAUGUGUGAAAGCUGCAUCUGACAAGGCAUUGAAAGCUAUUGGAUGCAACUGCAGUCAGUUGCAGUCCUUGAAUCUGGGAUGGUGUGAGAAUGUUGGUGAUGUUGGGGUAAAGAGCUUAGCAUAUGGAUGCCCUGAUCUAAGAGCUCUCGAUUUGUGCGGUUGUGUUCUUAUAACAGACGACAGUGUUAUUGCUUUGGCAAACAACUGCCUUCAUCUCAGAUCCCUUGACCUCUACUAUUGCCAAAAUAUCACAGACAAAGCAAUGUAUUCUCUGGCUCGCAGACGAAUGACAAACAAGCGUGAAAUGUGGGAGUCUGUGAAAAACAGGUGCGUGGAGGAAGAAGGGCUUAUAAAUCUCAAUAUCAGCCAGUGCACAGCCCUAACUCCCCCAGCUGUUCAGGCGGUAUGUGACUCAUUCCCUGCACUUCACACUUGCCCCGGAAGACAUUCUCUUAUCAUAAGUGGCUGUUUGAACUUAACCUCAGUGCAUUGUGCCUGCGCUUUCCAAGCACACCGUGCAGCCAGUGCACUUCCUCCUCCUGCUCAUUGAGACGAGUAUCCAAGGUAAAAAUCUGAGUUUUGGUUUAUUUUGCUCAAAAGGGAUAAAUCUAGCCCGUUGUAUAUAUGGUUGUGUUGAAUGUUAAGAUGACUCAAGAUGGUUACAUUCCGUAGCUCUUUUGUUGUUUGAACUUAAUCCUGUGAAUUUGUUUGUUGUAUGCAUUUCAGAUGUAUUUUUAAUGCUUUUCCAACAAUGUUUUAUAUACUUUAAAAAUGGUGUAA